GGCUCAAGCGCUCCCGCUGCCCGCCCGCCCUCGGACGACCAGCCGGACGCGCGCGGAUCGACCGCGAUGCUGAGUUCCCUGCAGAAGGUGGCGGACAGCGCCGACAAGGCCUCCAAGGCGCUGUUCGACGAGCUCUUCGGCUGCGGCGCGGACAGUGCCGUGCGGGGGCAGGAGGAGCUGAAGGUCGGGCCCUGCGAGGACUUCGUGGACGUCGGGGAGGGCAAGAGGCACCAGGGCCGGCUGCCGCAGCCCGGCAGCGUGGCGAAGGGCAUCGACGAGACGAUGCUGGACUCGUCGGUCAGGAGGGGCAUCGUGGUGCAGCUCCGGCCCCGCCCCUGCCUGUAUCUGGCGGGGCGUGAGCUGGUCCUCCAGAGCGACGACUCCGAGGAUCUGGACGCCGAGCCCCAGAAGCGGGUGAUCUGCGGCAUCUGCUACAAGUCGAAUUGCGUGCCCGCCCGGGCCUGCGUCAUCGACUGCGGCGCCUGCGGCGGCCGCAACCUCGCCGGCGACGACACGGGGGUCCGGGUCAGGUGCUACAACUGCGGCGUCAGCAACCUCGCGGAGCCGGGCGCGGGGUGCAUCAGCUGCAGCGCGUGCAAGGCCGUGGUCGCCGUGCCGAGCGACGAAGAUGCCGCCAGGGGCGGGGCCUGAGGGGUUCAGGCCUCCCGGGAGGCCGCGCAGCGACGCGGUGCCCCAGCAGCGCCGCGGUGACCCACGCCGACGCCCGGCCCCGCGCCAGGGCCAGCUUCGACCCGACCGAUCCGGCUCGGCAUCGACCUUGGCCAGCCCGAUCCGAUCCGAUUCCAUGCUCAGCACCCAGAUGGCAAGAUGGCGAUGCGGCCCCGUGCCCUGAUUCGAUGCUGACUGAUCCUGCGCCUGUCUCACAGCUCCCUUGCACUUGCAGGCCCAGGCUGCCAGCGCCUCGCCGCUGAGCUCUGUGCCCGGUCACCUGCUACGGAAGCCACAGGUGGCCGAGCGCCGUUCUAGUUUCACCCGUUCGAAUUCAUCUGCAGUCGACGCCCAUGAGAUCGAUGCAGUGCUUCAUCGUCGAGGCUACCCCUGCAUCUUUCCCUCGUCUGCCCUCUCUUGCGGGGGCGCCUGGGCAUCCUUUUCCCGCCUUUCCUUGCUAGCUUCUACGACCGCUUGCGAACCCUACCCCUACGGGCCCAAUCGACGCUGGCGUAUCGAGCGGAGCCUGGGCGUCGUUCGCGUACUGCCGGGGUAUGGUUCACAUGUGGUUGCUCACAGGUGCAGCGGCAGCAGACGUCUGCCGGGGCCCUGGCCCGCGGCGUGCGCUGCCGCCGCGGCCCGCGGGCGCGAGGGAAUACAGCGCGCCCGCGCGCGGGCCGGCGGCGCUGGCCCAAGAGACUGAUCCGCAGGGGCCCGGCCUUGGCAAGCCCCUGGCUACGGGGCCACGGGGCUCGGGCACCAAAAAGAAG